AUGUUCCUUUUCAGGUCCCGACGGCUUUUCUCUUCAGCUGCCUUCAACACAAUUUAUGGCAGUGAGCCCGCUUCAAAGUCGCCCAUAAAAAGGCUCUUUUGGUGGGGAGCAUUUUCCGGCGCGACAUUAUCGUUUAUCUACAUAUAUGGCUCGCCUCGAGAUACCGACUCCAGAGAAAGCAUUUCCGAAGGAAAUGGGCUCUUGCCCAACAUAAAAAGAAUUUGGAGACGAAUGGAUUCUGGAUUGCAACCCUCCUUUGACGUGCUUCUUCCUCCGGCUGCACAAACCGGCCCGGAGGCAAAGCCAUUUACCAUUGUGCUUGAUUUGGACCGAUUUCUUGUUUCUCAUUCUUGGGACCCCAUUUUGGGAAAGUGGCGCAUUGCUAAAAGACCGGGCGUAGAUAUGUUUCUCUUCUAUCUGGCCCACAUGUAUGAGGUUGUCGUGUUUUCCUCGAUGUCGCAAAUGGAGGCAGAGCCAUUGAUGGAGAAGCUAGACCCCUAUCAAAUGAUAUCAUAUCGUCUUUACAGGUUCGCAACAAAAUAUGAGGAUGGCACUUAUAAAAAGGAUCUUUCUCGUUUAAAUCGAGACAUGUCUAAAGUCAUCGUUCUUGGGCACGAUCCCUCGUUUUCAACAUAUCCCGACAACUGGAUCAAGGCCGAGCCGUGGAACAAUGAUCCAAACGAUACCUUCUUAAGUGAUGCCUUACCGUAUUUGGAGAAGAAGCAGAAAAGCGUGUACGAAUCUCUACGCCAGCAGAGACUUGCCGCAAAUAAUUCGACCAUCCACAGAGUCCUUGCAAAGCUAUUUAUGCCCGAUCUUGCGCGCGACGCCGAUGGUGGAGAGGGACUAAUGUCAUAUGAACAGAGAAAGGCGUUCAUCUCCAACCAGCGUAAAGAAGAAUACAAAAAAGAAAUGGCCCGCAUUAAAGUCGAGUAUGAAAAGCAUAUCGAGGCAAGCAAAUCGUACCUUGCAUCGCAGAAAAUGCCGCUCUAUGACCUGGUAACGAAGGGUCCCCAGCCAUUACCACUGCCACCACCGUCCCUUGAAGCGCCUGUUGAAGCUAAUGAUGUCUAA